AUGCAAGAGACAGUUCUCAUCCUGGCCAAGGACGGUGGAUUACAACGAAUAAAGCAAGUGGUCGAGCGCAGUAUGGAUGGCAUGAGCUUAAUCAUGCGCCGGAAAAUGAUCAAAGAGCAAGCAAUACCACUGUGUCAAGUCAUCACCCAUCAACACGUACUUGCGUCCACCUUGCUCGAGGUCCACGUUGGAACAAUCUACAACUUCAUUUACGGCGUCCAAGGCCAGCGUGCAGUACAAUUCUUCAAGACCCUCAUUGCUACCACCGCAGACUGUAGCCAAGUUGAUAUUCUGCCCUCGGAAAUCGAAGCGGUCGUCAAGGCUUUCUCGAACAUCAUUGACUGCAAUACUCACGCCUUGGUGAAUGAUGACCUCAGGCUGCUUGCAGAUUCCUUGUUUGAUGUCGUGGCCAAACUCGACGAAGGUGAAGCUCACGAGUCAAGGAGAAUAGUGAACCGCAUCAAUCAACGACUAGGGAUCGGGCGAGAGCUGACAGGUUGGAAGCCGCCAAAGACAACAGCGUUACCAAAGGCCACUUUCGCUCUGCAGCAAGACCUGCCCGGGACUUUAUCCAUAGACGGGCCGCGGCAUGACAACGACUGCGUCAACGCUUGUGAUAUACAGAUUAUGCCCACAUUCGAAGAAAUCAAUGCAACACGCUCUGAAUAUCUGCCGUCCAUGAAUCAGCAGGACUGGCAUCUCCCCGGAGUUUUAGGACUCCUGGAUCGACACUUCCGUCUUCUUCGAGAAGAUACCGUGGGGCAGCUUAGGGAUGCUGUAAGGCAAGAGGUGCAAGCUUCCCACAGUAUAGAAAAUAGAGGUAAACCUCAAGGUUCGCGGAAAUUGACAUACGACAACGCCCGGGUUGUGAAAAUCGAUUUCAGCAGAUGGCAGGGCCUAUUGAUCACCAUCGGCUUCGACCAGCCGUCUCAUCUUCGACAACGCUCGGCCAAACACAGGAAGGAAUGGUGGGAAUUUCAGAAACGCCUCCGUGUAGGCUCCCUCAUUUGCCUUCUUUCCAAUGGGGCUUUGAUAUUCUGCUCGGUUAUUGAACGCAAGCCAAUCAAACCCUUAGCAAAAACCGACGACUCAUCCAGUUCAGACGACGAGAAGAUUCCAAAUCGACCUGAACAACCUCAGGACCUGUUCUCGGACCCUGUUCGAGCCUUCACUACCGUCUCGUUGGUCAGCGACAGCACAGAGGCCGUCCUGGAUCUCAUGAAAGCCCCUAAUUCCACUUCCGCCAAAAUAGUUGAGUUCCCUGGUGUUCUGCUGCCCUCCUUCGAGCCGACCUUGCGAGCUUUGCGAGCAAUGCUUCGAAACCCCGAGACACCCUUCUCAGACUACCUAGCACCUGAGCCCCAAGCAGAUUUAUCGAAAAUUGCAGCACCCUACUACGCCACCAGACCCGGGUUUGAGUUCGACCUCAGCUGCAUCAUGAAAGACAAGACUGUGAUGAAGAUUGCUGUCAAUGACGAUUCCAACCACGAGGCGUUCCGUGAGAACUCCAUUCUCGAUAGAGCCCAGGCCGAUGCGCUUCUCACAUCUCUCCAGCGCUCCCUCGCUCUGAUACAGGGACCUCCCGGGACGGGUAAGAGCUUCACUGGGGUGGCACUGAUCAAGGUGCUGAUCGCAAUACAGGCACAGGCCAAGCUUGGUCCGGUGCUGUGCGUUUGCUACACUAAUCACGCACUUGAUCAACUUUUAGAAGACCUGGUGCGACAUGGCGUCGGUCAGAUUGUCCGUAUUGGAUCCCAGUCGAAGUCCGAGGCAUUGCAGAAUUGCAACCUCCGUAUUCUGGCCAGCAAUAUUGAUUUGACCAAAACCGAGAGACAUGAACACUGGGUGCUGAAACUAAGGCUUGAUGAAGACGAAAGAAUUAUUUCUAAGGCUAUAAAGAGACUUUCGCUCGAAGGGGAUGUCGCAGCACUCAAAAGCUACCUCGAAAUUUAUUAUCCCAAAUCAUACAGGACUCUUUUUGGCGGAGAGGACGACGAUGGAUUUGAGAGGGUUGUGCGUCACAAGACAUACCUGUUAAAUGCAUGGCGUAAAGGUGGCUCACCUCAAGGUCCUGUCCGCCGACUAGAGAGUCUACUCGAGGUGCCCAACAUCGAGUCUUUGAAUCAUUUUGAGAGACAGCGGCUGUAUUACCAUUGGUUGGCAGAAUCCAAAAAGACAGCCCAGGCCGAACUAUUGAACGCUCUGGCACAAUACAAGGAACACAAGGAACGAUUCGAUCAAGUCCGGGCAGGCGUUGAUCUUCGAUGUUUGCAACAGGCUAAGAUUAUCGGUGUAACCACUACAGGUCUGGCGAGAACGUUGCCAAUUCUUCGAAAGCUCAAUUCCAAGGUCCUUGUUUGCGAAGAGGCUGGAGAAGUGCUUGAGGCGCAUAUUCUUACCGCUCUCCUGCCUUCUCUAGAGCACGCAAUCUUGAUCGGUGACCAUCUUCAACUUCCUCCCCAUAUCCAAAGCUACGAACUGUCGAGAGAAAGUUCUUUGGGAAAGCGACACUGUUUGGAUAUAUCCCUGUUCGAAAGACUGGUAACGCCUUCAUGCUCUACCCAGACUGCGGUGCCUUUUAGUACCCUAGAGACACAGCGACGAAUGCAUCCCUCGAUUUCCAAACUCAUCCGCAAUACGUUGUAUCCACGGUUGAGUGACUCUUCAGAGGUGGAAUCAUAUCCGCCUGUGGCUGGACUAGCCAAGAGACUCUUCUGGCUCGACCAUGCGCACCAUGAGGAUGGUGUCCUCUCUUACUCGGAUACGACAACUUCUCAUUCGAAUACCUUUGAAGUCCAGAUGGUAACUGCACUGGUGUCUCAUCUAGUCAGACAGGGUGUCUACCACACGAAUGACCUAGCGGUUCUCACUCCCUACCUUGGCCAACUUCAGAAAAUCCGCCGAGCACUCCAAGGGUUGUUUGAGAUCUCCUUGACCGAAGGCGACAUGCUUGAAUUGGAAAGAGAAGAAAUUGGAAAGGACAAUAAUGAGGCGGGUCAUAGUGCCACGCCUGCACUCCAGAAGACCCCUCUCUCGCGGGCACUCAAAGUGUCUACCAUUGACAACUUUCAAGGGGAAGAGGCCAAAGUCGUUAUCAUUUCCUUGGUGAGGAGCAACGACCAGAACAAGUGUGGCUUCCUUCGGACAUCAAAUCGAGUCAACGUCCUUUUGUCCCGCGCCAAACACGGAAUGUACAUCAUCGGGGACUCGCGAACCUCUGGUCACGUCCCAAUGUGGGCUUCUGUGAUCGACAUGCUUCAUUCUGACGAUAAUUUCGGCGAGUCGCUUCCACUUCAGUGUCCCCGCCAUCCACAAGCCACAUUCUCCGUCUCGAACCCAGACGACUUCGCCAUCUUCUCGCCUGAAGGAGGGUGCAACCUGCCAUGCGAAAUGCGCUUGAGUUGUGGGCAUUCCUGCCUCAGCAAAUGCCAUUCGCAAAUGCUACACAGUGCUGUCAAAUGCCUCGAACCAUGUCCCAGGUCUCUGAAAGGAUGUGACCACAUGUGCCCUAACAAGUGCGGAGAUGCCUGUCCUGUCAAAUGCCCAGAGAAGCUACACGACCUCCACCUGACCCUACCUUGCGGCCACAUGCGAAAUACCCUGCCGUGUUGGCAAGCUAGACAUCCUUCCAAGGUCUGUCCACUCCCGAGAUACUGUCAGAUCUGUGCUCCUGAGGAGGUGAAGAAGAUGGUGGUCGAUCUGUUGUUGAUGGAGGAAUACCAUGAGAUCAAUCUGGACGAGAACCCAUGCAUAAUCCCUCCGUGUGGUCAUAUUUUGACCAUGGAAAGCAUGGAUGGUCAAAUGGAGAUGUCAAAGCAUUAUGCUGAUGAUGGGCUUGAUGUCCGAAUUACUGAUUUGGCAAUGCCGUUUUCCAAAGAUGAGCUGAAGGUGUGCAGCAGCUGUCGAGGCUCACUACGAACCAUAUCAAGGUACGGCCGCAUAGUCCGAAGAGGACUCAUUGACGACGCCACCAAGAAAUUCAUCAUAUCUGCGAACCAACAAUUUCUUCCGCUUUACCAGUCAGUUCGCCAACACCAAGCCGAGUUGGCCAAGUCGGUCAAAGAUGUCCAAUGUCAGGGGAAUAAGAUGCACUUGGAGGAACACAUCCUGUCUGGUGGACGCAAGGACCAAAUCAAGCUGAUAUUCAAGGUCGCGCAUGAUUUGCGAUACUCGUCGAUUGCGAAGACACGCAAUCACAUUAUGAGAUACCUUCGCCAGGUCGACAUCGACGAACAGCCUUUCAAGCGAGUUUGGGAUAUGGUGCAGUUCGCCCGAAAACAAGGCAAAACUAGCAGCGAUGUGGGAUUCGAUCCAACCGCCAUACAAACCAGCCAGACUUUACAGGGCGAAUCGCUGCUGUUGAGAUGCGAGCUUGUUAUAUUGUUGGACUUCUUGGCAGCCUUUGGAACCUGCCUGCGCGACGUCAACCUGGAAGCCAACAGAGUCGACUGCUUGAAGCUGUUAGCGGCCGCCCGGGAAGCCCUCCAACCGGCCGUGGAGGUUGAAGCUCACACAUUCUACGCGCAAUGCUGCCUGGCGGAACGGACCUACAGCGGACGAUCGGAUACCUUUACAGGUCUAAGCAAAGAAGCCACUGAGCAUAUUCGUGACGCCCAGCACGUAUGCACUCGGUACCCGGGCUCGACCAGACAUGUAGUGGGUGAGGUGAAGACAGUUGAGGGAAUGUUAGAGUCCUCGACCUUUACGACAGUGGUGAAUGAUGAUGAGUGGAGGCUUGUGAUCAACGCGAUGGCGAGUGAUUUCCGUGGAUCAGGGCAUUGGUAUACCUGCGUCAACAACCACCCGUUCACUGUUGGGGAAUGCGGCAUGCCGAUGGAGCAAGCGCGUUGUCCUCAGUGCGGCGCUCCGGUGGGCGGGCAAAACCACACACCCGCCGAGGGAGUCCGACGUGCGACAGAGCUCGAGAACCGGUUUUCGGACUUGAGGCUCUAA